UCAAAUAGAACUAGGCCACACACAUUUUUGUCGUUAUUUUUUAGUUGUGCUACAUACAAAAUAAACUGCAUUUUUAAAAACUUGUUUCAGUAGGCAAUGCAUCUUGAUUACUUUUAUAUUUGAGUUUUCCUUAUUUUUUAUUGCCUUUGAAGAAAGUUUUAAAAAAAAUCUAAUUUUCAAGGCAUCUAAUACAACGUGGAUGGCAGCAAUCUAGCUGAGGACAGGACACGACCCAAAGCUGAUGUCUUGACUCUCCCAUAUCGACUCCAAGGCUUGGACUGGUCCCGAAGCCUGUGAUCACCGCAGAAGCGGGCUUCAGAUGGCCCACAAGCGCGCACUGGACCCCAACACCUACCGAGGAAACUGAGGGCUUCAGGGCGUGGCUGUGGCUGUUACCAACUUGGCGGUUCUCGGAGGGGCGGGGCUGAGGGAGGGGCGAGGGAGCUUGGAGAAGCGUCCUGAGUUGCCAUGGAAACGGGACCUGAGGAAACGGGCGGAGGUCCGGGCUGCAGAAAGGAGUCCCAUGAAGUUUGCCCCCCGGGCGUAUUGGUAUUCGCCGGCUCCUCGGAACAGGACGCCAACUUGGCUAAGCAGUUCUGGAUCUCGGCGUCGAUGUAUCCCCCUAACGAAAGUCAGCUGGUGCUGUCCAGAGGUAGUUGUCAGCGGCUGCCGGUGGCGGUGGCUGCCGCGGUGGCGGGACCCUCUAAGAGCAGUGUGUCUGAGAAAAAUCAGUCCCAUUCUUUUUGCCUUGAGGAUGACAAGGCCAGAGAUGUCAUUGCUAAAGCCCUAAAGAUUCAGAAAUCUGAGGAGAAAGAAAAGUAUCUUCAAAAGGCUAAAACGAGAGAAGAGAUUCUCCAACUCUUAAGAAAACAAAGAGAAGAAAGGAUCUCGGUGAGCCCAAUAAAAGAACUAAUUUCUCUUCCUUACAAACCAAAGGCCAAAGAACCCAAAGCAAAGAAAGUGAUAUCAGAGUCAGAUAAAGAGGACCAAGAAGAAGUCAAAGCCUUGAACUAAUUUGCUUGACACAUGGUAGAGGACGGCUUACUUAUAUCUUCAUUUGUGAAACAACCUACUCGUACAUCAGGACCAUGAGAUCACUGAAACAUUAAAAUAGACAAAGAAAUAAAAGUUAAAUAUGCAUACUUCCAGGAAUUUUACCAGUUAUUGAAUACUUGUGU